GGGUGUGAGAAGGGUGUUGUAGUGGCGCAUGCGUGACGGCGCGGGAGCGUGGCUUGGCGUGUCGUCCGCCGUCUGCCGGCAGUCGGCAUGUUGGACGCCUCAUGGACGGAAGACACGUACUGCUGCUGCUCGCCGCGAUCUCCGCGUCAACCGAGUAUGUCGAUAGAAAACGACAUGCAAGGCCAGAUGUUCCGAAGUUUGGAGAAGCAAUCGCCAACGUGACUAGUCCUGUUGGAAGAGAGGCGACAUUAACAUGCGUCGUCGAUGAUCUCGCAGCCUAUAAGGUAGCAUGGUUGAGAGUUGACACUCAAACAAUUCUAACAAUCCACGGUCACGUGAUCACAAAGAAUCACAGGAUCGGCGUGACUCACAGCGAUCAUCGAACCUGGUAUUUGCACAUUAGAGAUGUGAGGGAAUCGGACAGAGGAUGGUACAUGUGUCAAAUAAACACCGACCCAAUGAAAAGUCAACUUGGAUUCCUAGAAGUCGUAGUUCCGCCAGACAUACUGGACUACCCGACCAGCACAGACAUGGUGGUUCGCGAGAACAGUAACGUCACCCUGCGGUGCGCCGCUUCCGGAACACCCAGUCCGAACAUAGUCUGGCGUCGCGAGGCUGGCGAAACUAUCCCUCUAGGAAAUGGAGAAGAAGCGAGCAUAGAAGGAUCGGUGUUCAACAUAACGCGAGUGAAUCGGCUGCACAUGGGAGCAUACCUGUGCAUCGCAUCGAACGGAGUUCCGCCAUCAGUCAGCAAACGAAUCAUGCUCAUCGUUCAUUUUCCGCCAAUGAUCACUAUCCAAAACCAGCUGGUGGGAGCUUACCUCGGUCAGCAGCUGACUCUUGAGUGCCACUCGGAAGCGUUCCCCAAGUCCAUAAAUUACUGGAUUCGGGACAAUGGAGAAAUUAUCGCUAAUGGUGCCCGAUACGAACCAAUGCUACUGGACAACGCCUACAAGGUGCAGAUGAAGCUGACCAUUAAAUCAGUCGGACCGGGCGACUAUGGCGCAUACAACUGUGUCUCAAAAAACUCACUCGGAGAGACUGACGGCACUAUCAAAGUCUACCCCAUUCCCGGAUCUGAGAGGAAUUCAACGAUGAAGCCAAGAUACAGAGAUAAGUACAGAAACAAGGACAAGAAAGGGCUGAAUGACGUUGGUGAUCCAAUGAAUAUGGUGAAGCAGAGAGAACAAUUGGAAGAUGAUUACAGUGACACAUCAGCAUCUGUAUGUUCCAAGACUGCAUUCACACACAUUCUCAUAUUCUUGACUAUCGUAAUGCAUAUCGUACUAUGCAUACAAUUUAAUCGUAUCUGAAAUUUAUAGGGAUAAUGCAAUAUUAUGUUCAUAACUACUUGUGUAAUAGUCCUAUCUGAUUAGUGUGAAUUGAUAUUUUAGUACCUGACUUGUUCACCAGUUUUGUUUCGUCUCGUCCGAUAAGUGGUAUGCAUUCUCGAGUUUUUAAUUUUUUAGUUAUAAGUUGAUUUUAUUGAUAUCCAUUCACAUCCUUCUCAACACUGCAUCCAAUUAAUUAUGUUGAUCAUAGUUUAACUGUUAAACUUUCAUUCGAUAGUGUGUCACUAUUGAUUAUAGUGAAUAUUGAAGAAAAAAUCUGUUCAUUAGUAUGUCAAUGUUACUUGGAAAAGUAUUUUUUUUGAUUAACAGUAUUCAGCCAUCAUAAAUAUCCAUUGACUUGAAACUACAAUAACAACUCAUACCGCAGAGAUUGAACAGAAGUUGUGUCGAAUGCUGUUUGAUUAUCGAGUAUUGUGUUCCUGUCACGAAUGUGAACUCAAUGUGUGAACAUUCAUAAAGACGAGAGGGGAAUCUGAAACAUCAAUACAGUAGAAUGAUGAAUUGUGAGGAGGAACUUGAAUAUUGCUUUCAUGGUACUACGUCACGUUUCUGAACAUGUUACUCAUUGUCUGCCAGUACCAUUUGAUUGCUAUCCUCAUUGUAUGAAUACUUUGAGGCUUGUUUGGAUCAAUAUCUGGAAUUAUUCUAGUCUCAAUAAUUAGAAACUGAUUGAUCGAGAAGUACUUUUAGAAGUUCAAAGCAAUACAAUGGGCCACAAUUAUUAUGAUACAUCUGCAAGAUUUCGGCAUUAGUUAUUUCCUAGCACCUUAAAAUAAUGAAAAUAGAUCAUGUCAAAGCAUAAUUUUCCAUUCACUAUAUUUUCCAGACAAUUUAUAGUUUUCGAUUGAAUUGUUCCCUAACUGGUGAUGAUAUAUGCAAUGUAUCAGAUAAAGAUAAACAUUUGAAAUCUGUAAAAUUGAUGAAAGUACUAAUGGAUGAAUGGCUAAGAUAAAAUGACAUCAAUAGUUCUGAUUGAUUGUAUGAAAGUUUUCACAUGAACAUUCAACGAAAUAUUAACUUUAUAAGACUGAUAUGAUACAGAGUAGUGAGUUCUGUUAUUUGAAUCGUGUACUCGGGUUUCUAGAUGUAAUUCACUCAAAUUAAUCUGUAUGUGAGGAUUCCUAGUGGGCUGAGUGAGCGAGAAAUAUUGUAUAAAUUUAUCAUAUUUUGAAUGGAGAUGAUGAUUAGUCUUACAUUUAUCCUAAAAUAAGCGGUAUUUUCUAAUCUUAUGUGGUCCACGAAUGAUUGAAAUUCAAUAAUGUUGAAAUGUACAUACUUUCUGAUGAUAAAGCAGUAUUGUUCAAAAAUGAUUUGAGAAAUAGUGGUUCAUAGCUUUCCAUGUUGUAGUCUGAAAUUGUAUGACCCCUGAUUGAUAGUUAUCUUCCAACUAUUCUCUGUGUUCUCCAAAAGUGUAGGUAAGAACACUCUUCCUUUGAUAAAUGAUAAUAUAUUAUUAUAGGAUGACAAGCUUUGAUAUUCCCCUUCCAAGAAUUAAGUUAAAUUAUGAAUCGACUGGGAUUAUGUGGGUAAUAGGAAGAGCUCUCCAAUGAUUCAAAGCGUGAAGAAUAUUUUGAAUGGAAAGUUAAUACUGUUACAAUACAAAGUACAUUUACUAUCGAUUGAUAACUAGAAUCGAGUUAUUCCAUUUAGAUUGAUAAUUUGAGGGUUUCCUGUAAAGACAAUUCUUCGGAAUAAUUGAAAUACCUAGUUCCUGUUUGUAACAGAUAAUUGAUUGAUUGCAAGCUCUUCCAUUCAAAACAAAUCACAUUCCAUUUAUUUAUAGUGCUCUUGUAGAUCUGGCCAUUAGAAUGAGAAAUGAUAUAUAGUAUUUAUAGUUAUAUUCAAACACACUUUGAUGUCAACCUCUAAUCUUGCUGAGAGGGUGUCUGAAUUAAGAAUAUUGUACCUAAUAUUGAGUUUGAGUGUAUGUAAUAUUUAUGUUCCCAAGAGAUUUCAUCAGUUUUGUAAAUACGAUAGAAGAUAAGUUCUAUUAGUGAUAAAGUUUAUAUAAAUUGUAUAGCUGUACAAUUUGCUUUUGUGCCAUGAUAAUUGAUAUUACUGUAUGUAGUUGGAUGAUAUGAAAUAAACUUGAUCUUGGAAACUGUA